AUGGCAACUGAGAGUAUUGUGUUUUAUGAGGACAGAAAUUUCCAGGGAAGUUCCUUCUAGUGCAGCAUGGACUGCCCGGAGCUGUCGUCCAUCUUAGCCGCUAACUCCAUCAGAGUUGAGAAUGGGUCCUGGGUUUUGUCUGAGCAUCAGAACUUCAGGGGAGAGCAUCCUGAUUACCAGUGCUGGCUGUGCUACAAUGACUCCAUCAGGUCUUGCCGAAUGGUCCGAAAUAAUACUGGCAUUCACCGUAUUCGUCUAUACAGGCGUUCUGAAUUUCAGGGUCAGGUUACUGAGUGCACUGAGGACUGGCCCUCAGUCUACGAUCGCUUCCGUCACCGUGAGAUUCAUUCCUGCAAUGUUCUGGAUGGAGCCUGGGUCUUCUUCGAGCAGCCUAACUAUAGGGGACAACAGUAUUUGUUGGAGAGAGGCGAGUACCGUUGCUACACUGACUGGAAAGACAUGCAUCCCGUUGUCGGCUCCAUCCGUCCUGUUCAAGAGUUUUUCGUAUUUUUCAAUGUGUAG